AUGUUAAAAUAUAUUGAUGGAAGAUUUAGGUGUGCAGAUUUUGUGAAAGCUGGAGCUGAACAAAGUCUUACACCAUCAGAUGUUGUUUCGGUGGCGGAUAUCACAUUUUCCUGCGUUGCAGAUCCGCAAGCUGCUAAAGAGAUGGUGUUCGGUAAUUGCGGUGUUCUCACCGAAAUCUCUACUGAUAAAGGCUAUGUAGAGAUGACGGGCAUAGACGCAGAAACCUCCCAGGAUAUUGCAGAAGCCAUUACUGCGAAGGGAGCGCGGUACCUAGAGGCUCAAGUACAGGGUAGUAAGGUUCAAGCAGAAGAAGGUACCUUGGUAAUUCUGGCGGCAGGUGAUCGCCAAUUAUUCGAUGAUUGUAGUAGCUGCUUUGGCGCGAUGGGCAAAAACACGUUUUAUCUUGGCGAAGUCGGCAACGCUUCAAAGAUGAACCUUGUACUCCAGCUCAUGGCGGGGGUGACGCUGGCCGGUCUCGCCGAGAGCAUGGCCUUAGCCGAUAGGGCGGGGCUGCAGCAGAAGGAUGUACUCGAGAUACUUGAACUUACCUCCCUUGCCUGUCCUGCAAUACUUGACAAGGGCAAAGCCAUAAUCGAAGGCGGAUUCACUACGCAACUGCCUCUUCAACACAUGCAAAAGGAUCUAAGACUGUCACUGAGUAUGAGUGAUCAGCUCGAGCAGCCGAUCCCUCUUGCAGCUGCAGCUAACGAAAUUUACAAGCACGCAAAACGCCUAGGCUAUGGGGAGCACGACGCAUCUGCUGUCUACAUUCGUGCGAGGUUCUAAAAACUGAACUAAGAUCGCGCGCCCAAGAAUCCCAAUCCACAAUCCUCAGUGGCGCCGACAUCUAAUUAUCAUAUUUAUUGAUGACAUAAAUACAACUGCAAUACUACCUAAGCGAAAUGUCGUCUCUACAUCCACCUGCAUGAGUAUCUUGGGUGGAUUCGAGAGCGAAAAAUUAAUAGACAAGCGCCUAGGAAAUGCGUAGCCAAUCCUCUUUGUUUGCCCAGCCAACAAAGUUAUGAAAAUUAUACUUACACUUAUAUUUCCAUCGAUGACCUAUUUGAAAACGUAUUAUUUACAAUAUUAAUAAACUUAUGAAUCUUCGUUGUUUCGUAUAUUAAUAUAAAUAUACAAAUGAAAAAAGAUACCAAGAAAGACAGUAUAGUUUCUUUUAUACUGGACAUGCGGUAUUAAAUUGACGAAAUUAAAGUUGACAAAGAAUUUUAAGAAGUGUAAUUAUAGAUUUUCAUACUCGACUAUCUAAAAUAAAUUAAAGGA